AUGGUUGAAGCACACGCGCUUCAUCACGAUUGGAGAAGCCUAGAGAAGCUUCUCUUUUGGUUCUUGAAAGUUAACGUUAAGACAAGCCACAAAUACAUAUUCGCUGCCUUCGUCGAUUUGCUCUUAGGACUUUCUAAAAAUGUCGCCGGAGAAUCUAACUCUAACGUCGUUGUGGAAUAUCCGUCGUCCCCGAUAUCGUUUUACACGUCGUACUCGUCCUCCUCCGAUGAGACCUCGUCGACGUCCGUAGGGUUCUUGCCGGGGAAUACGAUAAGCGAGAAGAGUAAGGGCGUUGUUUGUUGUUUAUCGUCGUUGUUUGAGAUGGAGGAAAAGGUUAAAGACAGUAUUGAUUUAAAUGGUUAUGUUUAA